AUGUCCUCCCCAUUUGACAUCAACACCCUCUUCGGGGUCAAGGAUCUUGUCGCUGUUGUAACCGGUGGCGGCUCAGGCCUCGGCAGAGUCAUAUCCCGCGCCCUCGCCACAAACGGCGCGAAACGAGUCUACAUCCUCGGCCGACGGCUCAACGCCCUGCACGAAACCGCCUCGACACACCCCGAGAUCAUCAUCCCCAUCGUCGCAGAUGUCACGGACCCGACCUCUCUAACCGCCGCGGCGGACCGGAUCCGAGAGGAGACUGGGUAUGUGGAUUUCUUGGUUGCGGGGGCGGGGAUGGUGUAUCUACACCCACCGCCAGCGCCGGGUCCAGCUCCAGCUCCCACUACUAGUACUGCGGAUGCGAGUGAGGGCUCUGGUGAUGGUGCUGGCCCAGGCAAGGGAGGCCUCUCCCUCUCCUCGGGCAAAAUCCAAGUCGGGCGCACCCUCCGCCCGUCUCCAACAGCGCCGCAAGUCGAGUCCUUCCUCCUCGCCACAACCCCCGACGAAUUCCUAACGAGCUACCGCGUCAACACCAUGGGCGUAUUCUACACAAUCGCCGCAUUCACCUCGCUCCUCGACGCAGGUAAUAACCGGCAGAACGAGCACGACCCCGUCAGCGCGUCCGCCACGACACAAAGAGAACAGAAGGAAGCGGUAAUAAAAGUCCAGCGCAAAAGCCACGUCGUCGCCAUCGCCAGCGUCUCCGGGCAGAAUAACAACGCCACGGGCGGCUGUGCGUAUGGGAUGUCCAAGGCCGCGGUCAUCCAGCUUAUGGGCCAGAUGAUGCGCGUUUUGGCGCCGUUGGGGAUCCGGGUGAAUACCUUGUCGCCGGGCGUCUUCCCCAGUAACCUCGCCGGAACGCCCGCCAACUACGCCAUGACGGCCGAGGGCACGUUUCCGAUGGAGCUGAUCCCGCUUCGCCGCGCAGGAACGGAUCAGGAGAUGGCGGGGACGAUUUUGUAUCUUGCUAGUCGCGCCGGUGGGUAUGUCAAUGGGCAUGUGCUUGUCGUUGAUGGGGGGAGUUUGGGAUAUCGGUAG